AUGCCCGUGUUUACCGAGUAUUCCGCCUCGUCGCGCGAGCUGCGCGUCCUUCCCUCCUUCGCCCCUCCUCUACCCCGCCUGUCGCCCCAGCACACGCAGGAUGGCCACCAUGAGAAGUACGAGGUGGUGAUUGUGGGAGCAGGACCCGCCGGUCUGAUGCUGGAGCUCCUCCUCGCGCGCUAUGGCCUGAGCGACGAGUCUCUCCUCUGUAUCGACGCAAAGCCCAGCACGCUCAAGUCCGGCCAGGCCGAUGGCCUCCAGCCGCGCACGCUCGAAGUCCUCAAGUCGCUGGGCCUCGUCGACGAGAUCCUCACCGAGGGCUGCCAGAUGUGGGAAGUGGCCUUCUGGAACCCCUCCGCCGACAAGAGCAAGAUCAUCGAGAGGACCUCCAUCGUUCCGGACGUGGCCGUGCCAGCGCGGUAUCCGCACGAGGUCACCAUCCACCAGGGCCGCAUCGAGCGGAUCCUAGAGACCGACCUGCGGCGGUACUCGAAGCGCGGCGUCCUGAGGAACAGCCGGCUGGUCAGCGUGAGGCUGGACGAGGACUCCGAUCCCGAGUUCCCCGUGCUGGCCGACAUCGAGGUGGACGGGAGGCCCAGGACGAUCCGCUCGAAGCAUCUGGUCGGCGCCGACGGAGCCCAUUCGGUCGUCAGGCGAUGCAUGGGGCUCACCCUCGAGGGCGAGACGACCGACCACAUCUGGGGCGUUGUCGACUUGGUCGUCGACACCGACUUCCCGGAUAUCCGCCGACGGUGCGCCAUCCACUCGCCCGCGACGUCGGUCAUGGUGAUUCCGCGCGAGCGCAUCGCGACGGGCGACUACUUGACCCGUCUGUAUGUCCAGGUGCUGGGGGUCGUGAACCCGGACAGUGAUGCCUCGAGCGACGACGCGCGGGCCAGGAGGAAACAGGUCACGCUGGAAGGAAUCUUUCAACACGCAGCAGAGGCCUUCAAGCCGUACUACAUCCGACCCAAGGCGGACGGGGCGGUGGACUGGUGGGCUGCAUACCAGAUUGGACAGCGCGUGUCCAGUCGAUUCACCGUGAAAGAUUCCAAGGGGGUGGAUCGAGUUUUUAUCGUGGGAGACGCCUGCCACACGCAUAGUCCAAAGGCCGGCCAAGGGAUGAACGUCUCCAUGAUGGAUUCGUACAACCUGGCGUGGAAACUGGCCUACUCCAUCAACGGCCUGACAGUCGACUCAGCCGAGCCAGGCAAACCCGACGCGGUCGUGGACACGUACCACACGGAGCGCCACACGAUCGCCAAGGAACUGAUCAGUUUCGACAAGGCCUUCUCGUCCAUGUUCUCGGGGAAGAUCGGCGUCGCGGCGGAGGACGGCACCGAGGGGCUCUCUCACGAGCAGUUCCUCGAGGUCUUCAGCACGGGCAACGGCUUCACGAGCGGAUGCGGCAUCGAGUAUCCCGAAAACAGGACUGUGCUGCGGACAUUCGACCGCGACGAGCAGAAUCCGAUCGUGGGAACGGACUUUUUGUCUGGCACGCUCCGGCCCGGGAGGAGACUGUUGAACGUGAAAGUGAAGCGUCAUGCGGAUGGCUGUCCGCGGGAUUUACAGGAUGGCCGCUUCCGAAUCCUCUGCCUCACCUCAACCGAUCUGCUCGACCCCCGGGGAACAUCCGCGCAGACCCUGACAGCCAUCGGCAUCUCGCUUCUACCGCGGUUCCCUCCGUCGCUGCUCGAGCAAGUGGUCGUCCACCCGCGUGUGUCGCGGAGCUUUGAAUGGAAGGACCUCCCCGCGGCGGUCAAGCAGCACUCGGAGAUGCGCUUCUACAGCGGCUACGAGAUGGACGACGUGUACGGGAUUUACGGCGUUGAACCGGACCGCGGCGCUCUGGCGGUGGUGCGGCCGGAUGGCUGA